AUGCCGAAAGCCGAACAUGCCAUCGCAUUUGAGCAUGAGUUCGAAAGCCACAAGCAGGCUCUGCAAAAACAGCUGCAAAGUGAAAUUGAACAUUCUGCACAGCUGAAGGCCCAGAUCCUUGAUUACAGUAACUCCGUAAAGAGGUUAACUCUACAGGUUGCCGAUUUGAAAUUGCAACUGAAACAAACCCAGACAGCACUCGAGGAUGAAGUGCACCACAAUGCGAAGCAGUCUCUGAUCGAUUGUUCCAUCAGUGGCCUACUGAGUGGCAAGAUGGUGGUGCCUCGUAAUGGGGAUAUAAGCAGGGAUUUCUUGAAAAAUCCUCUCGACCAGGAAGGGCUGAUGGCGGUUAUACCAAGGAUCAUAAAUUAUCCAAAUGCGAGCACGGAGAGUAGUUCCCCUGAUUCUGACCUUGAAUUUGUAGCCAAUACCAAGGCAAGGGUGAAAGAGCUAGAGCAAGAGGCCGAACGUUUGGAGAAAGCUUUCCGAAAUUACCAUCGAAGACUUAGUCAGCUCCCCGCUAAAAGCCCUUUAGCAGCCAACAGCCUGCCACCCCUCUACUUGCUAGGGACACUCAAAAGCAUCACUUCGAGUUCACCCCAAAGACGCACUUGUGCCGAGGGCAGAGUUGUCUCUGAGCAGCCUCUGGUGGGCACCCCCGAGGAGGACAAGAGCAGCGCCUCGCGGCCACGCAGGAGCACCGCCUCCAGAUGCCUCUCCUCCCCUCCCAUUCCCAAAGCAAAAAGGAGCCUCGACGGUGAAAUGUAUCUGGAAGGUCUGGACCGAUCCCACGCUGCUGGCCCCAGUCCUUGUCCCGACAGAACACCCCGGCCCUCACCUGCUGAGUCCAGGCACAGCCCUUCCCUCCACCCGCUGCCCAGCUCUCCAGAGCAGGCCAGUCUUUAUCAAAGACAAAUGGAACUUCAGGAAAAAAGUGAAUUUUCAAAUCCAGGCAAGCUACCUUUUAAGGACAAUGAGGAAUUUGAAUCAUCUUUUGAAUUUGCAGGGAGCGCAGCGAGGCCGUUUGAAGCGGACGGCCUCCAUCCUGCCGGCGACAUGCCUCAUGUGGAUGCUGCUGCGGCUGCCAGACCUAUGUCCUGUCACUACCCGAGCGUAGAUCAGAAACAAAUGGGAGAACAGAAGGAAGAAGAAAAAAUAUGGGAAGAGCACAUGAAAGACCGCAGGCAGAGAGAAGAAAGAAGGCAGAAUGAGCGGCGAGAGGCUUUAGAAAGGGAACGAAGAGAACUAGAAAAAUUGGAUCAAGAGCGGAGGAUGAUUGAAGAAUCAUUGAAGAUUGAAAUGGAAAAAGAAUUAGAAAUGAGUGUUGAAGAAACGAAAGGCAAAUCUGUUUGUGGUGAAAAUCCUUUAGAGAAAUACAUGAAAAUUAUUCAGCGGGAUCAAGACCAGGAGACGGCAGAUAAGAGUUCAAAGGUUGGCAGAGAAGCCUCAGAAGUGGACACAGUGCCAUUGAGUGACAAAGACGAAAGUUUCACGGGCUUUUCUCAUGAAGAAACAGAUGACUUUUGGUAACCAUGUUUGCUGUCCAGCAUCUUAUCCAUAUAAUGUAACUAAAGGCCUAUGAAUUCUCUGUAACAAGACAAAAUUCUCAAUAAAAAUUUUAUGUG